AUGUCAAACGUACAUAAUCUCAAUGAUAAACCAACUGUCCAAGAAACAAUAAAAAGGCUAUCUUCUGGUUUUAGUUUGAACAGUAGUCAUCACUCUGACCAUAACCAUGCUGAUGGCACAUCAACAAAAGACGACAAAUCGCUAAAGAUUGCUACCUUUUCUUUACAAACCUAUUUGAAAGACAGAGACUUUGCUGUUGAAUUUCUGGAAAAGGAUGGUCUCCAAUCUUUAUGUGAUAUCAUUCUGAACUCCAGCGGAAAUACUCUCGCUUAUGCACUGAAUUCUCUUUUGUCACUGAUGGAGCACGAAAUUGGUUGGGACUCCUUGGAUAUCAAAUUCAUCACCUACAUUGGACAUAUCGUUGUGAACGAGCAAUUGGCUACUAUUGCUAGACCAGCCACAGCCAUUUUACUCAAGUUGAUUUGUGCUACUGCUACUGCAAAUAACAGCAGUCAUAAUAAUAGUAGUAGUACCGGCAAGGAUGUCACAGCAGGAGUCACAACAGCAGCAGCAGCAGUAGCUGAUAAUAAUAAUAAUAACAAGAACUGUAAAAAAAUUGAAUGCUACGGUUACGCUACAGUACACAGUGUGAUUGAAAAAGAGACAAAGCUGAUACAAACAUUAGUGGAUAGACUGAUGAGUCAGGAAUAUUUACUUUCCAUCAUCAGUAUGAAUUUACUCAUAGCUAUGAUGAAAUAUGUUACAGAUGAGUAUAUUACAUUCUUAUCCAACGAAUACGACAAAGCAAAUUUAAGAAAGAUGAUAUUGAGACUCAUGAAGAAUCACCCGUCCCAAGAGAUGAAACUUUUGAUACUUGAAUAUCAAACGGCGUUCAUAAAAAAUGUCCACAGGCGCUAUAAUAGGCCUGUUUCCGCUCAGAACGCAAGCUUUACAGCCAUGCUAAAUGAAAUAUUGAAAGCCUCGACGGUAGCGGCAACAAAAGCAACAUCAGACGUACAUGCUGCUUAUAGUCAGACUAAAGGCUGCUGGAAGAAGAUUGGUUUCUCUUCAGAAGUGCCACAAAGAGAGUUCAUCAGGACUGGCCUGCUAGGCUUGGAGCAGAUGCAUUCCUUCAUAACCAAGCAUAAAGAGGCAUUCGAUACUUUGUACAUAGAUCAAUUGCACCGUCCUGAUAACAAAAAAUGCCCAUUUGCAAGAGCUAGUAUAGAAGUGACAGAGCUUCUAUGUCGUCAUUGGAGUAUUUCUGAGAACACGACGAUAGCUGACUUUCAAGCCCUACUUUUAAGUUUUGAUCAUAUUCAUGCCACCACGUUACAAACAUACUUUAGGAUCUUUCGAGAUAUGGAAGCGACCAAUUCUGAUCUACCGAAAGUAUCAGCAUUAGCAAGAAGUCAGUUAAGGGCUGUUUUGAAUGACAGUACAAUCAAUGAUAUCACUAGCUUUGAUGAGACCAUGUUUAGUACACCUUAUGAAAGAAUCCGCGAUAGAAGACUGAAAGAGUUGGAAUGGGCUGACGACUUGUUAGGUAGAGAUGCUAUAAGCAAUCUACGUUCCAGAUUAUCAAAAGAAUCGUUUGAAUUUCUUAAAAACCAACGUAUCCAUUGUUUAUUAGAGGGUUGCUGGUUUCCAUUGAUUGCUUCAGCUUCGCAUCAACAACGUUUAUCGGUUAUGGGUGGCAAUACAAUCAACAGUAGUAUUUUACCGUCUGGAUUGACGCCCUCCUCUUUAGCUAUCCAUUCGGGAGUAGGGUCAAGCAUCAACGUCGCCGGAACGCAUCUUGGUAACAACCAUCAUCAAGGAAGUGGAGCCAGUGGUGGUGGGGGAUUCAGGCGAUGGCGCUAUUACAAACUAAGUCGGUCCAAGCAGUAUCUUAUGUAUGGUGAUUUUUCAGACAAAAUCAUGCCCGUUAUCAAUACAUAUGACAGUCUGCCAAACCAUAUCGAUUUAAGUGAAGUGAGUGAAAUUCGAACGAUUCGUACUUAUAGCAACAGUAACAGCAGCAAUACCAACCCACUGUCCCUACCACGUUCAUCCUCUACACUCAUCAACAGUAAUGUAAAUAGCAGUAGUAGUCAUAUAUUAGGCUCACAUGUAUCGACGUCAUCAGAUACCUCUACAGAGACAGCAGCUCAGCAAAAUAGGGCGUCUUCAUUUGCGCUUUACAGUAAAGAGAACAAUAGACUGUUGGCAGAGUUUUAUUGUUCCUCAACGUCACAAGCCGCAGAAUGGAAAGACGGAUUCAGUAUGCUUUUGUUCAACCGAUUUACAUCAAAAGAGACAGCUGAACUGUUUCAUACGCUAACGGAAGUGGGUGUGAAAGCUAAACUACUACAGAUUGCCGGUGAUAGAAUAGAAAUACCCCAUUCAGCGCCCGAAAUCCCACCUGUUCCUCCUGGGUUAGGCUCCAAUUUCUUUUACAAUUCUGUUGACACUUGA